AUGGAGAUAUCGGAAUCAACUAAAGUAGUUUUUUACGUUAGCCGUAUAUUUGGCCUUGCACCUUACGUAGUGAAACGCACUUCGAAGGGCCAAAUAGUGGAUUGCAAGCGAAAUGUGUUGCUCGUCAUUUACAGUGUAUGCCUUGUGUUUUGUUUAGCUGGUCUCACAUAUAAAGGAAUAUUUUUCGACGUUACUUCCAAAAAGCCCAUACGAAUGAAAACGGCAACAUCGAAGGUCGUGACCAUUUUGGACGUAUCCGUAGUUGUGUCUGCUUGCAUUUGUGGCACACUUAGUGGUAUAUGGGGGUUGCAUUUUGUGCGUGAACUUAACCGACGACUGAUAGAGGCUGAUGAGAUACUGUCUGUGUAUGUCAAAGAGUGUAAUCGAAGCUUGAGACAAAGGCGGAAAGGAAUUCUCAUGCUGGGGCUAGUCUGUUUCAUCAUUACUGGAGCACUCUCACUGGAUAUAUGGGUUUGGUAUCGAAUUGCCGACAAAAUAAAGAAAGAAAACAGCAAUUCAAGUGCAAAUGUGCUGGGCUACUUUCCAUUCUACUGUCUGUACUACAUACUCAUGAUGUUCCAUGUACUAUUCGCACAAGCAGCACUUGGAAUUGGGAACAGGUACCGCCAUUUGAAUGUGGCGCUCUAUGAAAUGUUUCCCGAAUUUUGCAGGACGCCUCACAUCGAAAUCUCGUCCAUCUCAUCCAUCAAUCUCGAUCCGGAGAAAAAUGUUUCGAUCGAUAUCGACAUAAGGAAAUGUGUUGCUAACGUUACACAUGGUAGGUAUUUGCAGCAAGUCAAAUAUCGCAAAAUUAUAGAAGAUCUGGCCGAAAUACAUGCAUCGCUUUCCUAUUGCAUAGUUCUCGUCUCAAAGACCUUCGGAAUUGCUUUACUUGCCGUUCUAGGCUCCUGUCUAUUGCAUCUGGUGGCUACAUCCUACUUUUUAAUGGUGGAGUUGGUUGGAGAUAAGGACGCAGUUUUCGCCUGGAUCCAGGCACUAUGGUUGUUUAUACAUAUCUUCCGAUUUUUGCUUACUAUUGAACCAUGCCACAUAACGAACGUGGAGUCAAAUCGAACCAUUACUAUCAUCAGCAAUUUGAGAAGAGCGUGCAAGGAUGUCGAACUUAUUGACAGUAUCAACAUGUUUUGGCAACAGUUAAUAGCAAGCAAUUUUUCCUUUACCGCCUGUGGCCUUUGCACAAUAGAUAGACGAAUUAUUACUUCGUAUUGCGGAGCAAUUGCCACUUAUUUGGUAAUUUUGAUUCAAUUCAAAGAAGCGGAUGACAAUUCCGGAAAGUUACCACAUUAG